AUGUACUUCACAUCACAGAAGUGGAAUGAUGAUUCAGAGAAAGCCCACCUUUUUUUUGGUUCUUGUUUCAAGGUUUUGCUUCUUCUGAUUGGUUUACACAAAUCUAAAACUAAAAAAGGGGAAAACACUCGGAAAAACAGCGAUUGGCGAAUGCAAGAUUCGGAUGAUCAGGGAGGGCUCACUAGAGAGAGAAAACAAAGGUACAGAUUCUUGCCUAUAGCUUUAGUUACCUGUAAGUUACUACACACGUUGUUAACUCGGCUUUGUCGACAUUUCAGUACCAAAAACCUUUUGUUUUCACAACACAUGAAGAUUUGAAAAGUUUUCCUCACUUGAAAUGGAAACUUCUUUUGCUACCCGUAGCUUUUUCAUCUACUGUUCCAUUAACUGAAUAUUGUAAUAGACAUCACUUACUUACCAUCUCUGUUAGUAAUA